AAACAUUUACGUAAAGAUGAUACCUGUUGGAGGCUUGCUAUUUCGCUGGAGAAACGCAUUGCUGUAGUCCUACAUAGUCGUGGAUCUUCGGCAGAAUAUAGGACCAUUGGUAGUUUAUUUGGCAUUGGACGAACUACCACUCCACCAACGCCUGACAAAAUAGCUGAAUUCGUCGGAGGAUUCAAUAAACUGGGUUUCCCUCAAUGUUAUGGGGCUAUCGAUGGAUGGCACAUUGAAGUCGGUGUACCGAAAGACGAAGCAACGGACUAUUACAAUUUUAAGAGCUGGCACUCAGUCAUACUUUUUGCAGCGGUAGACCAUCGUUACCGGUUCACGUAUAUCAACGUCGGGGUGCCCGGGCGUGCAAACGAUUCUACUAUCUUUGAAAAUUCCAAACUCAAAGAGAUGCAUUGUAUGAACGAAGUCUUAAUAUUUUGA